UAAUUAAUCACAGCAAUCCAGCUGGUGGAAUUGGAGUUUCAGCAGCAUGGCGAGGGCGGGGCCCAGCAACUAACCCUGAGACUGGGAAUAAGGCGCAGUGGGCAGCUGGCACCUGAACUGCAGAGAGCAUGACCAGCAGAUGAAGAAACUGUAACCCAGAGGGAAGAUAUAACACACACAGGAUCAUUCUGAGUAAAAGUGAGGAAAAAAUCCAGAAUUGGAUCCAUCCAGGCAGAGUUAUCACUAGGCCUCAGAGCCUGCACAAGUGCAUCGAUCUUGGCAGCAUCUUUUUUUUUUUUUGCUAUCUUUUCUAAUAAAGACAAAGAGAAAUAUGCAAGAAGAGUUGAGAAGAGAGGAAGAGAGAUAUCUGCAGUACUGCUCCACCUCCACCAUUUGGGCAGUUUUCCUCCUGUAGGUCCUUAUGCAUGACAAUGUGUACACUCUACCUGGACAGACUUUGCAACUUGGAGGAACCAACCAUGGAUUUCAGGCAUGUGAAGAACUAUUUAUCCUGGCUCUACUAUCAAUACCAAAUCAUUAGCUGUUGUGCUGUCUUGGAGCCCUGGGAGCAGUCCAUGUUCAAUACCAUCUUACUAACCAUUUUUGCUAUGGUGGUGUACACAGCCUAUGUUUUUAUCCCAAUUCAUGUUCGUUUGGCUUGGGAAUUUUUUUCCAAAAUAUGUGGCUAUCACAGUACAAUUUCAAGCUAAUCUUGUUUGCAUUCUGUGACUUGAAGCUGAGUAUGUGUAUGUUGCUUACAAUUAAUGACUACAUAGCCUUUCACGACUUGACCUGAACAACUCUCUCUUCUCUAUGCACUUACAUCUUGCCUGGAA